CGGAAAUUAACAAUCCCGUGAUGUCAGGGGGAGUGUUAGCAUAGCAUAGGAAUGUCAAGAGAGAUUUUCAGUAUCCCGACUCAUAAAAUUACCAAAGAACAACGUAAAAGUCAGAGUUAGCUUUCGUUUUCGUCGGGUAAAAUGGACUUACCUCUGUCGGGACGUGUUAUUUGACGCAUUUCUUCUAACGGACAGUAGCGGGAUGAGGGAUCCAUAACGGGGAGAUGCUGCAACCGCUGUGCUAGCCCUGCCUCGCCGCCGCAGUCCCAGCUCAGAUUUCUUGACCACACAGACACAAAUAACUUAAACUACUUGGUGUAACAGAGAGGCGAUGGCACGGUUUGUGUUGGAGCAAACAUCAGAUUUCCUGGACUACAACGGUGGAGCUAAUCUGGCUGAAGUUUUGACACAGAGGAGCAGCGACCUGUCAGAUGUACGAGUCAGUCCAGAAGGACGCCACAUUCACGUUAUCCUACGCACACCCACCGCGGGGCUUGUGACUUUUGACAAAUACCAAAGACCCCAUCUUGCCUUAUCCCAGAAGAAGCAGGAUUUAUGCUUAACCCGGACUGUUCCUAUUUUGGAUCUAUUGUACUUGACGCAAAACUCCACAGACUCCGCAGUUCUCGCAGUGAUUUAUGACAAUGGAAAAGCGGAGUUUUGGAGAUUUCGGGAGUCCAAACCAGGCUGGCAUUUGCUCCAAACGUCAGAUUUGUGCAACAGCCCUCGAGCUAAAGUGGUAUCAGUGUGUGCAUGCGCUAACUCGAUUAUUUGGUGCGAGGAAAGGCCCCCCUCUGAGAGCUCUCCUGUCCUGAGCUCUUCAAGGAAUAAACUGAGGUACUGUGUUUGUAGGAGGGACUUUGAGGUGGAGGAGGGCGGGGUUGUUUUGAGAGGGGUCAAGAUUGCACUGCACAAUAAUCCUAAAUUCACUGUCAUUAGUUCAGGGGAUUAUGUUUAUCUUCUGCCAGACUUAAAAACCAAACCAUUGGUCAUCAUCAACAAGGUCAUCCUCGGUUGGUCUCCUCGCCGGGACACUUUCAGGUUAAGCACCACUUGUAAAAGUACCCCAAUCAAAGAAGACACCUUAUCAACCAAAGAAUCUGACUUUAAAAGAUUGCUUGCAGACUGUUUAGGUUUCUUAUCAGUACUGGACUCCCCUGAGAUCUGUUCAUACUCAUCUACAGGUUGUGGAGGUUUGGCACUUCUGCUCAGCUCAGGGUGGGCGUGUUUUCUGCAAAAAGAAGGUAUACUCCGUCAAGUUUAUAAACUGGACUAUAACUUGCAUACAUUUGGUCCCCACACCAGCCUCUGCAUGUACCAGGAAACUCUAGCUUUACUGACAGACCAAUCACUUCAUCUUAUAGACGUAAACUGUGGUACAGAACGUGGGACGAUAAAAAUAAAAAAUGCAGGGUUGCUAUUUAGAAAUCCGAAUGAGAAAAGCAUGCCGCAGUUUGUCUCAGAGGAGGGGAUCUAUGUAGUAACAGAAACAAAGGAUGUAAAUUCAAAGUUAAAAUCUUCCGGAUCAAGUAAAGUGGAGAGCAUUCAGCCUGGAGCGCUCCUGAUUGAAGCUGUCUUCGAAGAGGCGUGUAAAUAUUAUCAACAGAGAAGUCUAAGCAGCACUAGACUCACGGUGGACGCACUGAAAAAAGGAGGAAGGUUCCAGGCUCCUAUCUCAUUAGCCACUAUCCUCAGGACCUAUCUCAGGACAGGAUGGAGGCACAGGGAGGAGCAAAAUGGCAUCCUAAAUGGCGAUGAGGCUGUAGCAGGACAGGAUAAAUUGAUGAGUUCUCUCGAGUCGGAGUUGAAAGCUUUGGUUGCUCUGGAGGAGAUCAAAGGUCGCCUGGUGAAGGGCAGUGUCAAAGAGGUGGAAGCACUGUGUGAGAAUCUGGUGGAGACAGAGGUGUCCAGACUUCUGUCGUCUGCGGAGAUCGAUAAAGAUUCACUGCUUUACCUUAACACUAUUUUUAAACUGUUCCCUUGUCAAGCUUGGAGGGCAGUUCAGGCCACGCUUCAGUUUCACUACAAUGGGGAGGGUUUGUCCAGCAGUUCUCUUCAUGAAAUCUGGAAAACUGUGUUAAGUCCUGCUCCUACCUCCCCUGUUAGCAAUCAUUGCACCAAUGGGGAGUACAAGCAUAGCCUGAAUGCUAAUCAUAUCACUAAUUCGAAACUGAAAGUGCCAAGUGUGCCUGCUGUCAUGCCCGUGUUCGAACUGCUGUGCCACUCGGUGUACCUGUUUGAACCUAGCUGGCUGCCUUCAUUCCUAGAGUUGUCCCAGCAGCAGCAGGGGUCAGCCGGGCUAGCUCUGAGCCUAGUUUCUUCAUCGUGGGGGUUUCCUAGCGGGAGAGGAGCUGAAAGCAGUGACAAAAAUGUGCCAUUGUACAAACGCGCCUUGUCUGUGGUCUCAAGCCUAAGCUCAGAUCAAGAGCAGAGCCAGGACUUGGAAGUAGAGUUGUUGCUGGUUAGUGGACGACCCAAUGCCAUCCUUCAAGCUCUGAGGAUUCUAAUGGGCAGACAACAGUGGGAUAGGGUCACCCAAGUAGCCAAGAAAUUCUGCAAACAAAGUCCACUUCUAAACAAGGAAAUCUUCAGUACAUUACUGUGUGAAGUGGCACAACACAGAGAACUGGACCCUUAUCUGGAGCUACUGUGGUCGCUUUGCCCUGAAGACAUCACUGUGACAAACAUACUCAACAUGGUUCUAAAAAAUCUGCCUUCUCCAAAAUCAAAUUCAUCCUUGUCUUUCCCCUUGUCCACUGCAGCCACCUCUUCCCCGGCCCCAUUCGCAAACUCUCAGAGCAGUCAGCUGACCAUCGGCCUGCUCAAACCUCUACUCCGAAAAGUUCUGGAGAGAGAGACAAAAAGUAAUCAGGGCUAUGUGGACAUCCUACAGUCACCAUCAUACCCCCCUCCUACACCCCCCCGGCAGCCCGUGGAGCGGCCCAGGACGGGCACAAGUGAGAGUACAGAGUCCGACAAUCCAGUGUCCACAAUGGUCGGAUCAUGACUUUACCAGCCAAUCUAACUUAAUUAGCCUCACCAGUGUCUGUUAAACCGUCUACUGUCGGCAGAAGCACAAUAUGAGAGACUUUCUAAUGCUGUGUAAUUGUUUUAUUUAAUUUGGAAAUUAUCCAGUGCAGUAUGACUACUAAUAAUGCAGUAUAACUACUGAUCUUACCAGUGUAAAUAAUGCCUAUUUAAAAUAUGACUUUGCCUUGUUAUUUAAGCCUUAAAGUUUGCAUGAUGCUUGUACAUAACACACUUGUGAAUUAAUGAGUAUUACAAAUACUUAAUGUAUUAUGUUAGUGCCUCAAUAACUACCAAAACAAGCCACUUUCCCAGUAAGAGGUACUGAUUUUUAAAGUGUUGAAUGUAGAAAGUUUAAAUUAGUCAGUGCCUGAUUGCUGUUGUCUGUCACCUGUUAUAGCCAUUGUUUAGUGUCUGGAUACAGUAGACAUAGUAACAAGAUAAUGAUGCAAUACUAUGAAGAAAAUCUAUAUUCUGCUGCAUUGUUGUUGCUAGUUCACUAUUUUGAAGUUAAUAUCUCACAAACGCUCAAGCAGUAACUAAGCAGCUAAUGUAUCUUAACUUAAUCUACCUUGAAUAGCUUUUCUUGUGUGCCUCCUUUGCCCUGUCUGUCUCCAGACCCUGUCCCUUCACAGUGCAGCGGGACAUUCCAGACCAAUGCCCUGGAAAAGUGACUCACAGUUUGGUUUCAAAUUAAAUUUCAGAGCUAAUUGUGUUACGGCUGUAGAGGGCGAAGGGCAUAGUGACAGAACAGGUCCUACAUCAGGUCCUGAAUUAGGAUAUAACUCUUUGGCAGUGUGCUUCCAUGGCUUUUAGAUGGUAACACUCAAACUAUCAGUAUUUUCUGCACCAUCAUAGGGUUUUAUGUUCAUGUUGUGAAAAUUUUGUCUGUUAUUUUAGUUGCUGCUUUUGCUGAAGCUGUUGAAUCAAUCGGAAUACAUUUUAAAGUAUUAAUUUAUGAAAGACUUUUGGAUGUAGUGUUGGUUUAAAAUAAACUACUGAUUUGCUGAAAGUGAUACGACAAUCUGAACAGUUAUUGCUGCAGAAUUGCCUAUCAGUGCCUUUUUUCAUUAAUGGGGUUAGCAGGGUUGUGCAUUAGUUCAUGACAGCAGUGACCAGCUUUUAGAAAACGAGAUACGACUAUUUACUGGUUACGUCUAUUCUUUUUCAUCCAUUCUCUUUGUUCUUGUAAUGUAAAUUCUAAGGGCUGGAUGGUGUUGCAAAUUUUACAUAUUUUACAUUAUGGCCAAACAAGUCAUGGUUCCCCAUUAGAGGGCUGUAAAACUGUUGCAAACUGGAUUGCUUUUCAUUACAAAGAUCCCCCCCAAGUGCGUCAUCAAAUCCUGUAUGUGUUGUAAUGGUGAAUGCUG